AUGUCCAUUUUGGACUCUCAACAGAAGAGAGCUUCGAUGAAUUUCGGUUCCCUCGCCUCCACCACUGGUACCAAUCCUUCUCAAAACACCAAUCGACGAGCAUUGGUUGACAUUUCAAACAAGACUGCCUCUACCAUGAAUUCCAUCCAAAAUGUUGCCAUCACUCAAAAGCCAACAAUUCCAACCAUGGUAAAGCCCAACAAUUCCACCACUGUGAAAAAGGAAACCUCUUACACUUCUCCUGUGAGAAAGAAUGCGGUCGAUGCCAUGAUCAUGAGUCCUAAGGUUGAUGCCUCAGAUGCCGACAAGCCAGAGUCCUGUGUCGAGUAUGUGAAAGACAUUUUUUCACAUUACAGAUCCAUUGAGACCAAGUACAUGCCGAAUCCAAAUUACAUGACUUUCCAGAGAAAUUUUAAUGAACAAACUCGUGUCUUGACCAUUAACUGGCUUUUGAAUGUUCAUAACCAUUUCGAAUUGUCCCCAGAGACCAUGUUUUUGUGUGUGAACAUUUUUGAUCGAUUUUUGAGUGCUCAUCCUGAUGUAGCCCUUGAAAAGAUUCAUCUCGUGGCAGUGACCUCUCUUUUCAUUGCCACCAAGUAUGAGGAAGUGAAGCCAUUGCUCACCGAGCACGUCAUCAAAAUCACUCGAAAAAUGUAUUCGAAAGAAGAAAUCCUCCACAUGGAAAGACUCAUUUUGAAGACUCUUGAUUUUAACUUGACCAUUGCGAGCUCCAAUGUCUUUCUCAAGAGAUAUCUCAAAUGCAGUGUGCAAUUCGAUGAUGUGCAAGUGUUCAUUGCCUCCUUUGUGAAUGAAAUGACACUCUAUGAUAUGAACAUGUUGAAUUACACUCCAAGCACUGUUGCAUGUGCUGCCAUUUAUGUGGCAAGAUCUUUGAGAAAGUUGGGUGAAAAGUGGAAUUCCAAUCUGAUCUAUUACACUGGCAAGACUGAAGAGGAAAUUCUUCCAUGUGCUCGUCAAAUCUAUUACUUUAUGAAACACUUUUGCAAUACUUUAUAUUUCGAAGGUGGUAGAAAACCAGACAGGAACUUUUUGCUGUAUCGAUAUGGAAAGGAAGAUCGAUUGAGAAUUUCUGAGAGUAUUCGACAUGUGUUUUCUCAGAAGAGAAAGGAGUAA